UUGGGGCUUAACCCUUCCCUUGGGCUGCCACAGAGGACCAGAAGUGGAAAUUAUAUAAUUAAAAAAAAAAACCGAUCGCAUAGAGAGGGCAAGGCAGGAGAGGUCGACAACUUUUGGGUUAGUGUGUUCGGUCGGCAGGAGAAGGAAGGAAGCAUCGGUUGUGGUUCUAAUCAAGUCUAGUAAUUGAUCAAUACUCUUGUGUCUCAGGUAAUAAGGUAAUUAAAUAAGCGGAUCAGUUAGAAGGCCAAUAUUUAAUUACUACCAAAACGAGGUCAAGUGUCGUUCAUUUCAGCAUCGGAUAGCAGCCAUGGCAAACAACACUCAACAAGUGCCUCGUGUGCUUGUGAAUAGGGUGUCAGAGCAAGCUGUUUUCCCGUGUGGUGGUAUUAUUUCAAGUGCAAAGACGAUCACAUUACAAGGUUGGAAUAGGACGUUGGUUCCCACGGACUUGAGGUUCAUUAUACCUGCGGGAGUAUGUUUACACAUUGCUAUUAUACCUGAUUUGUCGCAGCAAUCCCUUUCAGUUAAUCAAGGGUAUAUGUGUGGUCCCUGCUCAGAUGCUCUGGUUUGGGUCGAUAUGUACAAUAGGUCGGGUUCACCCUUUAAACUUAAAGCCGGCGAUCAUAUUGCAUGGUUGGAUGUUUUACACAAUAAAAUCACACCAAAAUUAAUUGAUGUCACCCCUCUUUUUAAUAAUCAACCAACUAGUUACAAUUAACUAAUGCAUUACACAACGUUAUUCAAUAACCACUUCUUGAUAUGAUACCUAACAUGGUUAAUUUAUGAGUACAAACUUUGCGUCAAUUUCAGAUGGAAUUGUUUUUGUUGAAUUAUUAUGCACUUUUGAAUAAUAUAAAUCGGAAAACCACCUAUACUUGGUGAUAACGUUGA